AAUCAUUACUUUUUUUAAAAUAAAAAGCUUAAAAUUUUCUAAAAUAAAAUAAAACCAGCAUUUUUUUUAUCUUUUUAUCUUUUUCUAAAAAAAAAAAAUGGAAUCAUUUACUGGCUAUAUUAAAACACCCCAGGACGCUCUCAUCAUUUUUGAAGCUUGUAGAAAAGGUUUACUUCAAAGAGUCAAAAGGCGAUUGACCUCUAAAGAACGUACAGAAAUACGUUCUGGAUCUGUCUUUGCUUGGGAUGAAAGAGAAGCUGGCAUGCGACGAUGGACAGAUGGUAGAACUUGGUCACCCAGUCGGGUCUUGGGUAGUUUCUUGACUUAUCGUGAAUUGGACACAAAAAGACGUCCUCGUAAACCUUCGAUGGCUAUACCUGGCAUGAAGCAGGUCGUGUUUUCGUAUAAACCCAAUGGAUUGAUCAAGCAGAGUUUCUCUAUUUGCACUGCAUCCAACCAAAAGCUUCAUUUAAUUUCUUACUACAAAAAGGCUGAUAUUAUCUCUGGACGCUUAAAGAGACCCUCAGAUGACCCUUUGCUAAACAAAUUAGAAAUCCCCAAAGGACAGUACCCUGAAAUCAAUCCACUAGAUAUCGGCGGUGGUCAUACAGCUUCUAUUCACAGUCUGCAAUAUUAUAAUCCAACUCGGCAAAACUCAACUGACUCCUCCAUCAUAUCAGCCUCGCCUUCUUUAACCUCAUCGCCAUGGUCAUCGGAUGAAGAAUAUUAUUACAACAAUAACAACAACAAUACAAAUGAAUUACAAGAACCUGAAUUAAUCCCUUUCCCUCCUAUCCGCUCUUUACCUGCUCAGGAUGUUGCUUGGGAAAAGCUACCUUGGUCGGAAGACCAUAGACAGCUGAGUGCUCUUUACCAUGAGCUGCGCAUUUAAUUUGUUCUAUUUUUACGACAUGAUUAUUUAUUACCACACUAUCACAACAACAACAACAACAACA